AGCCUAUCUGUGGUGCAUGCGCGUUUCGCGGUGAAUCCUGUUCAUAUCCUCUAUCAGCACUAUCCACUUCUGCGCCAUCUAGGUCUUCUCAACGAUCAGACUCCGCAGCAGAUCCCUUGCAACCAUUGGAAUUUCGUCGUCAAGGACUGUCCGCAGAAUCCCCUCUGCUCGACCAAGGUAUCAAUCUAGCCGACUUACGACUCCUAUCAAGGUUCAUGAUGCACACAUCAAGAAAAAUGACCCUCAAUGCGGCACGCAAAUAUGUUUGGGAGCAGGUGAUCCCAGACAUGGCGACGAAAAAGGAGUAUCUGAUGCAUCUACUCCUCACUCUCUCCGGCGAGCAUGUUCUAUAUCAAGCCCACGUGGCGGAAUCAACCGUCUCAGGCAUAGACGACAGCCAGGCUUCUUUGGCUGCCUACAGCCAACAGGAGCUUCAGCUUGAGUAUCACCGCGUCAUUCAGCAUCAUCAAAAGGGCCUCGAGGGAUUCCGCCAGGCCCUGAACGAUAUCUCUGCCGCCACCGCCGAGUAUGUCUUCUGCGGGGCACUUCUCAUUAUCGCUAUCGCCUUUGCUUCAAUAUCUACCAGAAAUCAAGAUUGCACCGCCGGGCUGGCUUUCAGCCAAGCCGAAGAUGACCAGAACCCGUACAUCCACUGGCUGCAUCUUGUACGCGGCCUGACAAGCGUAGUUGAGGGGCACUGGUUCACUCUCAAGCGCGGACGAUUACGGACCAUGUUGUUCUACACGCACGCAAACGACGAUUGGAAGGUAGCUGUACCGGCCAUUUCCUCAUCGCAGUUUCCCCGCUUGAGGUAUGCCCCGAAAGUCUUCCACGUGUUUGCCCAAGGUGCCUGCCAAGCUCUUCAAAUGCUUCGCAUCUUUGCAGGGACACUGUCCCCGAGCCAAGAGGCCACAACGUCCAUUGAUGGGGAUAGCUUCGGCAGACCUCAGCAGUCCGACAACCACGAACAACCAUCACCCAACGAAGCGGCCGAUAACAGUCCACAGCACGACCACGAACAAGACGAAUACCCAGAACACGACCACCUCCACGCCAUCGACAGACUAGAAGAGAUCUACAUGCGCAUCCUCUACGCCCUGCAAUUUUCGCGAAGCGAGCGUGACUUUCCGGCCUCCCUCGACAUUCAGAACGAUAUUGAAGACAGCGCCGUGAAUUCCUGGCCCUGUAUGCUUUCGGAUUGCUUCUUUGACAGCCUCAAGCGUUCCGCUCUUGACCACCUGGGAACCGCGGAGGGAUUCUCGUACACGAUCCUGGCUCAUUUCUACCUUGUCUCAAUCCUACUUCAAGAUGUGUGGUAUCUCAACAGCGGUUUUCGCUCAGAGAUUCAGAAGAUCAUCCGGCUGGUGAGCCGACUAGAGAACGAGGCACUAAGUGGUUUAUUGACGUGGCCAAUGGCCGUCAUCGCGGAGUCUCGAUGAAGCGAAAUCUGCCUCACUCACCUUUUUGACCUUCUCUUCUCCCGGGUUAGGAUUUCUCCUUUUCUCUCUCUAUUUCCCAUUUCCCUCGCUCUCCCUGGUUGGAAGGCAGAUUUCAUACUUUUCGUAACCCCAUCCAUGAUUCGCAUACAAUACCAUAUACCCUCCGCACCUUGUCCAGCAUACUCAAAAGUCUGCAGGCUUCUGUGGGGCGAAGAUUCGCUCGGGUGGCACCUGAAUAACCUUUUCUGCCUCCAUUGGCCCUGGUUCUCCACACAUGCGGAACCAGAGUUUCGUGACUGGGUGACUUCCUGGUUCCAACUGUAAGCUUCUUUUGAACGAAUAUACGAAUAUACGAAUCCUUGCAAUGUCGUC